CAGGUAACUAGUGAGAAGCUCUGCCUGGCUCAGCAAGAACUUCAGUUUCAAGCUUCCACUUAUUUUUGCCUUCUCCAAAGUGUCAGGAAUCAACUUAUCUUCCAUGAGGAAUUUCAUGCUAAAGGAGAGCGUUCCCCUGAGGAAGUUGCUGGACUUGUCGGUCUCAAGUUGCCACAGCAACCUGGUGGAAAGGGCUGGGAAACCUAA